AUGAGAGGUCGGCGCGGGACUUGUUUUGGCUGUUCUUUCUCUGGCCCCUGUCCUCUUUUUGCGUCUGCUGUUCUUGUCCCGCUGUUCAUCUGCUGCCACUUUUCGUCGCUUCGAGGCGGUCUUUUCGCGACGCAGCAUAAUUUGGUGCUGGGUGUGUUGGCAUCGGCAUCGGGACAACAGCUGCAGGACAGUGGGGUCUCUCCCGUGCCUGCCGGCGUUGUAGGGGUCUCUGAGGUUGCCAUCCAAAAUGGACGCAGCUUCAGCGCAGAUCGGAGCAUCCAGGCGAAGGAUGCAGCAGACAGCCAACCGUCUCCAAGUCGCUUUGACAACGGGUUUGCCGUAGAAACCCAUGAUCCCGAAGACGGUGAACAGAAUUCGAUGCAGGUGGAGCGCCCAAGGCUUUCACUACGCAGUCUCUCCGUACAGAUUCCCACAGGGCAAGCCCACACUGCUGCGCUGACGGAUUUUGAUGUGCAAGAGCAGGCUGGGGCUACGAUUUUGACGACCACGGGAGCAGUCAGGGGUAAUGCUGGCGAACGCCAGCUAGAGAAGAAGACCGAGCCACCGGCAGGCAGCGGAGAAUUCUCGCGUGCGCGCGAUUCGACCUCAACGGCAUCGGGAGUCUCACGGUUUGAUGCAGAACGCGCAUACGGUAGGGAAAGCAUGUCAGGACCUCCACCCAGAUUAUCUAGCGGUGGCAACUCCGUUUUGCUCCCCGCCUAUUUGCGCCAAGACUCUCCUGGUUCACUGUCUCCCGGAGAACCUUCAGUGCGUAACCGGCGAGUGAAGCAGAAGCCGUCCGCUGAGCGAGGUGACUUGUUUCACCGAGUGCGCCGCUUAAGCCUCGACACGUCAGCGGCCGAAGUGGACAGGGAGAAGCAAGGAGGCGUAUCGUCUCACGCCGUCUAUACCUCGGCUGCGCGGCGAGCCUCUAACACGGACGGCGCAGUCCCGGGCUCAAUGAGAGUUCGCGAUAGUCCUUUUCUGCCCCCCACAAGCGAAGGGUCUCAUCUGUCUGGGGAGGACGUCCGGCAGCGAGGUCACGACACCGGCAUGGACCCCGGGCAGAAGAGCGACCCGGCCACAGGAAAUUCGGGCGCCGGAGCAUCUUUGUCGCAGGUCUCGCCAGGGUCGGGCGUCGAGACCCCUUCAUCGCUCAAUCGCCACUCGUCUAGACCUGCGAUGCUACCGCGAGAUCAGGGCGGUGGCGGACCAGAGGACUCUCAGUCGCUGGGCGGUGGGCUCCAUUCGCCGGUCGUGGAUCCCCACGACACGCCGUCAGGAGUCAGUAUACAGCCGACACAUGUUGGCGCGCAUCUCCCUCCACAGCAGAGUGAUGUGCUGGAGUGGCUGAGGACGGGCGCGCCUUUCCCUCUACCUUCUGCGUUGCGAAAGCCGAGACACCCAUCUCUAACGCGUGGCUCACAGGGACAAGAUGCGCGGGCGUCAGACGCUUCUGAACCCGCGGCGGGACAUCCUGGCGAUUUCACAGACCGGCUGCGGCGAGACGUUGACGUACGGGAUCGAGGCGAGAGUCUGGAAGGGCACGAAUCUGGUCCAGGCGCUGUGCACACAAGCUACCAGGUGGUCAUGCGGAGACUCUAUCGAUCGUACUGUCAGCGCCUGGGAACGGAUCGUCGCUGGCAAAGGCAAUUUGGUAUCCUCGUUCUCUCGGCUAUCGAGUGGCCUCUAUACACUCACAAGAAAUACUGGAGACAGCCAUCAACGGGGAAGUUCUUCGACACACUCGUCCAGCUCACCGAUGACAAAGACGACGAUCGCCUCGCUGGACCUAAUGUGCGCUACGUUGCCCGAAUCAAGAGUUGCGGCUUUGAUGCCAUUCUACGUAAUCAGCUUGAGGACUUGCGGCUAACAGUGCGAACGCUUGAUGAGUUCCUCGCCUUCGUUCGCGUGCAAACGGCGGUGGAUACGAAGCUCCGAGAUAUGCUGCACUACCUCCCGGAACAAAAGUUGGCUAUCGUGUCCAUGCGGGCUACCCUUGGCAAUAUGUACCAAGCUGUCUCGCAACUUCAGAUUUUCUACUACUAUUCCGGUGGCUUGAAGAAAGAGGAAGCAGCGAGUAUACAGCAGUGGAAGUUCCGGUCUGAGCGCCGCCUCCACUGGAUUUUCCUGCAUAUGCUGGGCGUCUCACACCAGGUGGUAACUGGGAAGCCGAUGAACGGAGUUAUUAUCCUUCAGGUAGACAAAGUAGAGUCUCGCGAAAAGGCGGUAUUCCAACUUUUCGAUUUUGUAGAAAAUGAAGCGACGCAAAAGGCGCUCCUCCAGUUCGAGUCGACAGUGACGUCCGCCAUCACAAUGAGGAUCAAGAAUGUGUCUAAGGAAUUCAGUGGCCUCCUCUCCUUUGGCUGGCUUUCUGCGCGCGACGACGAGCCGAUGAACCUUCCGGACUGCAUGGUGACGGCGUUCUAUCUCAAACCCGAAGCGUCAUCGAUACCCCCUUCUGCUCCAGCGCGACGCGGCAAAGCACUAGAGUCACCGCUGGUCGAUAGAAAGGCACGUACUAGGGGCGCGGCAAAGAAACAGUCUUCCUCCGAGCCUUCAGAGCUCCCGCAUGCGAGAGAUGGAAGCGCAGCAAAUCUGGUGCACUCAGAGAACCCACCCAGAGAGAACCACUCGGGGAAGACGUCCGGACCGUCGCCAUCGUCAGCAGGAACUGCCGGUCAAGUGUUUGAGUCUUCGGCGAAUUUGUCUUCAGCAGCGAGUGGAGAACAGCUCGGGGCAUCUGCGGCGUUUCCGCAAGGCUCUAAGAACCUGCCAGCCAGUCAGACUCAGUUGGGUCCACCCCCUAUAGAAAUUGGGCAGUUCGGGUUUGAGAUGCACCCCGCUGUGACGCAGGAGCUCAAAGCGCGACUUCCGCCCGGAAGCAUGUACAUUCAGCUCAGUCUCGCCGAUCGGUGGGAUUUUCAACCGAACUCCAGUUACGUGAUUCCCCCCGAUGCAAUUCCUGCCUACCGCGCGACGCAGAUGCUCAAGGCCAAUCUGGCCUGGGAUCCGUCUCUUGUGGGCGUCGGCAUGGCUCACGUCGUCUACACAACCAUCAUGGAUCGCUACAACUCGGGGCCGUCGGAAACCAAAAAGGAAGACGAGUACGACAACGACCGGAACUUGAUCAUACGGGUUCCUCAGACUCAGUUCCGAGGAGAACAGAACUUUCUCCAGGACGUCAUGUCCAUGGUCGUCGUGCCGAGCCUGCAAGAUUCUGCUCCGAGGACGGUAGAUCCGGAUCGCCUUCAGGUCAUGGGGUCUGCCCGGCGCCUCCCUGUAGGAGACGUGCUGAAGACAGGGACAUUCGGGGUCGGCAUCCCUUACUCGCAACAUAAAGUGAUCGAGGGUCUCGUCACCUCCGAUUCGGUCUGCGUCCACCUGCUUGUGAAAGGCCUUCGGGAAAUGACUAGGAAAAACACACUCGAAUUGCCUGGUUUAGCCAUUUUUGACCGGUUUAUCCGACGCAGCAGAGGCAAGUACAUGCUGCUUUUCGUCGAUGUCGUCCCCAAGAAAAAGGCGACGACGGUUCAGGCGAAGAAUCAAGUUCCUCGACAAGGAGGGUAUCCUACGUGGGUGUUACUUCUCUCGAACAUUUGCUUGGCGCUUUUCUUCAUCUUUGUCAUUGUGUGCUUGCUGCUCAACCAGCACGUCAAACUGCCGUGGUGGGUGGCAUGCAUUUGCGGAAGUCGCAACCCAUUUUCAAACGAGCCGGAUGACCUCGGGUCGUCCCACAUCCCAGCGCUUGCCUCGGGAGUCUCGAUGGUCGAGCUGGCGUCUGUCGGCAGAUACCAAGAUUCCUCGGGCACGCCGUCGAAGCGAAUGCUUCUCGGUCGGUACACGAGCAAAGCGUGUGCGGAGCUACCCGCAGGCAAAGACGGUUCAGGUCACGCGUACAUGACAGAACGGUCAACGUCACCGCCAACGAAUGACACAAGCUUCUUUGCUGAGAACACACAACACAGGGAACAUUCUGGCGAGAUCGACAUGGAGAAGGUGGGCGGCUCUGCAAUGCUGGAACCCAUCGAGCCUGCGGGUGACGACUCGUCCGACAGCCGCAGGGAUAGCUAUGGGCCGUACGAGACCCGGGACCUUCACUGCCCUCCGGAUUUUCAAGACAUGCUGACGCGGUCUUCUAUCCUGGCGUCAAGAGGGGGCGUGGAGCGAAGAGAUCGGAAUGGUCCAUCCGGGGCGGAUGCUGCGUCAGGGCCUCGGAACUGCGGUGUUCCCUCUGAAGCCGAAAAUGGACGUCUUAGCACACGCGCGUCUCCGCGAUUCAACUUGUGGAACCAGCGGCAUCCGAACGAUUGUAUGGCGGUCGGCGAGCAUCCGGUAUACACGGAGUCGCGGCGUGUGGCACCCACGGGCAGAGACGUGAGCGUCACCUGGGGACCGAGUACGACGUACAGCCACGAGAGGCCUCUCCCGGUGCGUGCGUCGCAGACUGGACUGGAGCAGCUAAAGGCUCUCGAGCUUGCGCGGGCUUACAGAGAGACCCAAGGUGAAACACCUGGCUCUAUGGAGCGCCGCAGAUUGGCUAGGCGGACUGGAGAUGAGUCAGGUAUGCGGACGAGUGGUGGGAGUAUCGUAAACCCUUAA